AUAGCCAAUCGGAACACCAAACACUACAAAAUCGUUACAUUACUUUGGCCUAGUUAUAGAUCAGAUACUCGUUCUCAUAUACCAAAUACCAUGGUGAUAAGCUGCAGGAAUGUUGGGGGAAGCAAUAAUAAUAUUGUGGUGAUGAUGACAGUGAUGGUAUUGGUAUCUAUGGUUUAUAAUUGCGAAUCAAGGGAAUGCGUCAAAGCAGCAUAUUGUCACUGUAUGGAAGAGUGUUAUGCCGAGAAUAUUAAAAACGGGAAAUACGGGAACUUGGACGACCCAAUUGAGUUGGAAGGACAUUGCGAACCUGUUUGUGAUGCUAAACUUCAUGCUUCGUGUUCUGAUGACCCCCAAAUCUACUGCGUGAUUGAUAAAGCUGCUGCUGCUGCAUCUCUGCCGCCCAACUAAUAAUGAUACGGAGUAGUAUUGGCAUACGGAGCGCCAAAACUUAAUUCAAUGACGUAUGUUCCAGAAAAAUGUCAAAAUGUAGUAAAGUAAUACUCCAUAUGUAUUUAACAAAAUCUAUUUUAAGAUACUACUAUCUCCGUCCUUGUGGAUUUUAUCAAGUAUAAAGUGGGUGAGAAAUAAAAAUAGUAAAAAUUGUGUUGUUGAAAUUUGUGCGAGAAAUGUGCAGAACCACAAAUUAAUUACUUUAAAGGAAAAUUG